AAAACACUACAGUGAGGUCAAUCUUCUUCCAGCCAAUCAGUAAGCUGCGCAAAACGCGCGAGAAUUCCACCACCCCACAGUCUCUGUAAUGGUACACGAUGGCAUCCCGUGUAGUAGAGCUGUUUUGUGAAGUUGACAAGCUCCGUGCUCAUCUGCUACACAAUGUCGAAGACUGCCAGCGUGUGGAAGAAGAAGGAUUCAGCCACAGGGAAAUUCUGACCCGCAUUGAAAACGUAAUCCUAGGAAUAGUGACCAGUCUGUCCAAAGAUGAGGCCCCUGUCCUGGCACUGCCCAACAGAUCCAGUUGGGCCAACGUCAGUUUCGACAGUGCCAUCGGCCUUCAAAUGAGUUCAGAAACUUCUGUCACCACCAUUAGGAGCGACUGUGCUUCGUCUGUCACUAAAUUUGCGCAAAUUCUCAAGAUUCUCUUGGUCAUCUACAGACUUGUGCAGAGCAACUCAUAUUCUACGAAAAGAGACAUCUUUUACAAUAAUACACAGCUGUUUGGCACACAAAAAACUGUUGAUAGUAUAGUGGAUGAUAUCUCCUGCAUGCUAAAAGUUCCUCGCAGAUCACUGCAUGUGAUGGCCACGUCUAAGGGAUUAAUCUCAGGUGAUCUGUGUUAUAUGGAGGAGGACGGUACAAGGAUUGACUGCCACUCCAGCUCUGCUGCUGUUGCAGUUUCAUCAAACAUUGGUGGGAUUAGAAAUAUUGUAUCAUCUGCAAAAUUCGUCAUGAUAGUCGAGAAGGAUGCAACAUUUCAAAGACUGCUGGAUGACAAUUUCUGCACAAAGCUCUCUCCUUGCAUCAUAAUCACAGGUAAAGGUGUGCCAGAUGUGAACAGCAGGUUGAUGGUGAGAAAGCUCUGGGACACGUUGCACAUCCCCAUCUUCGCUCUGGUGGACGCUGACCCUCACGGGAUUGAGAUCAUGUGUAUCUACAAGUACGGAUCAGUGGCCAUGUCGUUUGAGGCCCACAGUCUGACCGUCCCCAGCGUUAUGUGGCUAGGCCUCCUCCCCUCUGACCUCCAGAGGUUGCAGGUUCCCAAGGAUGCCUUGAUCCCCCUCACCGAGAGAGAUGAAAGCAAACUCAACAGCCUCCUCAAAAGGCCGUACUUAACCAGUCAACCGGACUGGCAGAAAGAGAUGGAACUGAUGCAGCAGAGUAAGGUCAAGGCUGAAAUACAGUCCCUGGCAGCCAUUGCUCCUGAUUUCCUCACCAGCAUUUACCUGCCCAAUAAGCUGCGUUAUGGAGGCUGGGUAUGAGCACAAUGCUGCCACUUAGUGGAAUAACAAGUGAACUGGCAAGGCUUGUUGCAAAACUUAAGUGAGGUCCAUGUAACUAUACUGCCUGACCUUGUCAGACAGAUUGAAUUAUGAAAGUUGGUUUGGUUUGUAAUGUUUGCAUAUUAAUUUGUGACUGUGUGUCUUUAAUUCUAUCAUAUCAUUAAAACCCUGUAAUCCAGUUGACAA